AUGCAGAGAAUACAAAUUGAAGAUGAAUCGCAUGAAAUGUGCACUUGGUGUUUCUUCUGGGAAGUUUCUAGGGUUCCAGGUCACGUCAGAAGGAAUCAAAGUCGACCCAGACAAGACCAAAGCAAUUACCACCAUGCCUCCUCCACGUACUGUGAAAGAUCUUCAGAGCUUUAUGGUCAAGGUAAACUACAUCUGACGUUUGAUCCCUGGACUAACUCAGCUCAUUGCUUCAUUUACUCCUCUACUGAAGAAUGGAGCAAAUUUUGCAUGGACGACUGUCCAAAAAAAUGCAUUUCAAAAGAUCCAGAAGAUACUAUUAUCACCCAUGUCAUGAAAUCCACAGUGCAAGGACGACCAUUGAUACUUUACACGGCCUCUAGUGAUGUUGUUAUUGGGGAUUUUCUCGCUCAAGAGGACGAAGAAGGUGUCCAACAUCCUAUCUACUACUUUAACCGUACAAUGAGAGAUGCUGAACUCCGGCACCCUAAAUCCGAAAGAGCAUGCUUAGCAUUCGUUCAUGCGAUUCAGAAAUUCAGACAUUAUUUGAUGUCCAACAGAGUCGUACUUGUUGCUAAAGUUGAUCCUGGAAAAUUCUUACUGUCAAAACCAUCUUUGAUAGGCAGACCUGCAAAAUGGUUAUUACAUAUGUCAGAGUUUGACAUUGCAUGUGUCUCACCCAAAGAAAUAAAGGGCCAAGAAGUUGCAGACUUGCUCGUUGCCUUUCCAGGAGAAGACAUCACAAUGCUACAUGAAGAUGUGCCGGGCGAGUUUCCAGAAAUUUCAGUUAUUAAAGAAGAAACAUGGUUGUUAUACUUCGAUGGAUCAGCCACUCCUAGCAAUGACACUGGUGGAGCGGGCGUCGUAUUAGUAUCCCCAUCCGGUGAAGUCUUCUCGCAUUCGUUCAAGUUAGAUUUCCACUGUACCAACAAUUCAGCGGAAUAUGAGGCCUUCUUGCUGGGAUUAUCUUUGGCCAAGCAAGCAGGAGCAAUGCAUCUGGAGAUAAGAGGAGACUCCAAGUUGUUAGUUAAUCAGAUGAACGGCGCGUACUCACUCAAAGAAGUGACACUUUCUCCAUUCAGAGUCGAGGCACAAUGCAUAUUAGCUUAUUUUUCCGAGGCAACGAUCGUCCAUACCGGUCGUACAAACAACAGACAUGCUGACUGUUUAGCAACUCUUGCAUCCAAACUGCAAUUUGAAGGGCCAGAGAAGUCCAUCACCGUAUAA